UAAGUGUUUUCAUUUGGAUUGUUCUGAGCAAUUCAGUUUGUUGCGGAGAGUUUGACUAAACACAUUCUUCCUAGAUAUUUUCCAACUUUCUUCAGAUACAAAAUGAAACUCGUUAUCUUUUUGGGCCUUUUGGUGGUCGUUCAAAUUGUUAGCUCAUCGGAGGAAUUAGGUUCCUUGGAACAGGAAUGGCCCAAAUUCAAGACUAAGUUCAACAAGUCAUAUCCUGAUGCUAAGGAGGAGGCCAAGCGAAAGGCAAUUUUCGAAGCUACAUUGAAGAGAGUUAAGGAGCACAAUAAGAAAUAUGAUGCCGGCCAGGAAAGUUAUUCGUUGGGAAUAAAUCAUUUUGCUGACUUGGAGGGUCAUGAGGUUCCAACUGGACUCUUGAUUCCAAAAGGCGAAACGGCAUCUUAAGACUAAGGACUUUUCUUGAACGAUUGAAAAUAAACAUGAAUUGGAAUUUCCGAAAAGCUAUUCAGUUUUUCCUAUCUCCUAUGCAAGUUGGUUAGUCUACAUUAUAACAAAGUGCAAAGUGGGAAAAUAUAUUUCAUUAACUAGAUAAACAA